AUUUUUUUCCCCCCUCCCCAUUUUCGUUGGCCCUUCAAAACUCCCAAUUACCCAUCUCCAAUCUCCAACGAACACAGAAAUGCGCGCCCUGCGCAACAAGAUUGGAUCUCAGCGAACACCUGAUCGAUAAAAAAGAGAGGGGGGUAAAAAACGAGAUGCAAUCUGUUGUGGAGUUUUGAUCAUUUGAGAUGGAUAAUUGGAACGGGGAGUACGCGAGGGUUCCCGUAUCGAAUACCGAGAGCUUUGAGCCGGGAAAGUCUAGGUUUUCUUGUUGCUCUUCGAAAUUGUGGGGCUGCUUGUGUCGGUGGAUAACUAGGGUUUUGCUUUGCAUCUUGAUUCUAGCGCUGGCUGCUGUUUUUAUCCUCUAUGCCGGCCCGUUUCUCAUUCAACAGGUGGUUGUACCAAUUUUGGACUGGGAGACAACAACCUUCAAGCCACUGAUACUUGCGUUGCUACUUUUUCUUUCAAUCGCAAUAUUUCCUUCGCUGCUGUUACCUUCUGCACCAAGUAUGUGGUUAGCUGGGGUUACAUUUGGUUAUGGGUAUGGAUUUUUGCUGAUUAUGGCAGGGAUAAGUAUAGGAAUGUCAUUGCCAUUUUUCAUUGGUUCGCUCUUUAGUUGUAGAAUACAGAACUGGCUGGAGAAAUAUCCAGAUAAAGCAUCCGUUAUUAGACUAGCUGGAGAAGGAAGUUGGUUUCAUCAAUUUCGUGCUGUGGCCUUAAUCAGAAUUUCACCAUUUCCAUACAUUCUUUUCAAUUAUGCUGCUGUGGCUACAAAUGUGAAGUAUGGUCCUUACAUAUGUGGUUCUCUGGCAGGGACGAUACAUGAGACUUUCCUUACGAUAUACAGUGGCACACUAAUUUGGAGCUUGGCUGAUGCUAGCAACAGAGGAGACGUAAUGUCAGUUCACCAGAUCAUCAUUGAUGCCGUUGGCCUUUUUGCUACCAUUUCUGCUACCAUUAUCAUCACUGUAUACGCCAAGAGAGCUCUUCAUGACCUCCACGCUGACAAGGUGAACUCCCUUACUUGCAGCUGAGACAAAAGAAUUGCCUCGUGUUCUUCUUUCCGCUUGCUAAAUUUCUACCAACAGGAUAAGAGCACAUCAUAAUGUGUAGACUUUGCUUGUUCAGACGUCUAGAGCAAACUUUACACCCUGAACAAAGAUAUGAGAUUGAGAAAAGCAGUAUUUGAAGACUGCAAUAGAGCUAUUGUAGAUAUCUAUAGGGAACUUACGAAGUCGGUAAAAAGGAACAAGCAACUUGUACAUGUGUCUGUAACCAUUCGAUAGUUUCAUAAAUUACGUAAGAAGGAUGUUGACAUCUGACGAUUAAGAUGAUCAUUUGUUCUGUAAGUUAAUCAUCUGAUGUUCAUAGAAUCAGAAUUUGUACCGAUUGGCUAACCAUAUAUUUUUAUUGAACAUUUUUUUAUACAAACAAAUGAACGCCUUUGUUA